CUUUAAGUUUAAUUGCUUAUGUACAAUUAUAUCAUUUUUAAUUAAUAAUAAUUAUAUUACUAUCAUUGUUUCCUUUUCCGUUUCUUAUAUCGAUACAAUAGUAUUAUUCACUAUAAACGUAACUCGCAUUGUGAAUAGUUCAUUAGUAAAAUGCUAAUCAGAAUGGGUUACCAUAACUUGUUUUAUUUGCUUAUUUGAUCAGCUGUUCUUGUCAGUACAUCAGUGAUAUUUUGUAAUUUUUUCAAUAAUUUCUAUUAUAACUAAUUAUUGGUGAAAUUUAAAAAUGUGAUAUAAUUAUAAUUAUCUAAUAAAGAAAUUAUUUUCUCAAAUAGCCGAAAUUAUGAAUCUCAUAUUGUACGGCAAUGCAAACCCUUUCUAAAGAAAGCUAAAGCAAUCAUAGUCAACCCUGCUUCUAAUAAAAACAAACAAAAAAAUUUCAAGUUCUUCUAUUAGGAUUGUGUGAGGGUAAUAUUUAAUAAAAAAUAAGGCUUGUGGAAAUGAACUUUGAUGUUCGUUAUUGUUUUAAGUGCAGUAGAAAUUAACGAUUCGCUGUUUUUUUAUCCAUUUCGUCAUCAUAUUGCUCAUAGAAGGUCUACAAAAAACAUUUUACAGUGUUGUUUAUGUUAAGAAUAGCUUUGCAAAGUGUGCUACCUACAAGUGUUUACACAUGCACACCCUGCUCCUUCCAUCCACAAAUUAUUAGCCGAAUAUACAACACGCACAUUUUAUUUGUGACGCAGCAGCAAUACCAUUGUUAAUGGCUUCGAAUUCGCAGGUUGGAAAAAUUGUGGUCGUCGCUGCACUCACAUUAUUUCUCUACUAUUUCUUUUGGGUAUCCAUAUUGCCGUUUAUGUUAAUUGAUGAAGGUAACUUCAUACAUUCAUUAUUUCCGCCGCUCGAAUAUGCAUUCAUAUUUCCCACUGUAUUUGGGGUGAUGUUUCUUGGUGGCAUAUCAAUAUACACGCUGUAUCACAUUUGGGAUCAUAUUUGGGAUAGAAAAACUAUUUAAAUGCGUCAUUAGCUGUUCUUAACUUGUUCUAACAAAAUAAACAUCAGUGAAAAACAAAUAAUUGUGAAACGCGUGAACGUCUGGUUCAAAAGGUUAUCUAACAUUGGCACACUAUUUCCCGUUCGAACUUUAUCAGCAAAAAUUGCAUACUUUAACUUUCGACAAAUACCUGCAGUAAGUGUAUUGAAGUGGUGUAGUACGAACGGUGCGAUCAGAAUGCCACCGUGGCUGGUAAUAGGUGUUUCAGGUGUAACAUGUGGUGGUAAAACAACUUUGGCACACCGCUUGCGGGACUACUUUCAACAAUCACGUGGCGGAUCACUGUGGAAUACCUCCUACAUUGUGGGUGAUGUACAGCUAAUCUCACAAGAUGAUUACUUUUUGCCAGUUUUCGAUUUGCGACACAAGUGGAAUGAAAAACUGAAUGUGAUAAAUUUUGAGCUAUUAAGCUCGCUCGAUAUGAAACAUAUGCUCUCUGACAUAGCAUGGAUAAUGAAAGGACGUAACUUGACUAAUGAUCCCAUGGAAUACGUUGAUUACAUUAAUGAGAUGUCCAUGUCAACAAAUUUCGAACAUUAUGCGCAACCAGUUUCGCAACAAAUGUACCAUCCAAACAACUAUAAAAUCAAUCAAUGUGGAUUAACAUCUCGACAUCAAAGUCAAACACAAAAUCAACACAAUCAAUAUCUACAUCAUCAUUGUCAACCACUUCAGCAUCAUGCACAUAUUCAUGCAAAUGCCAAUGUGGCGCAUUCUUCCCACAUAAUGCGUAUUAACUCACAAUUGGCGCAUAUGCGUGACAACAAAAUUAAUCUGCUUAUUAUUGAAGGUUUCACCAUCUUCAAUCAGCCGGAGUUAUUAACAUUAUGUAAUAUUAAGUUCCAUUUUCAUAUACCAUAUGAAAAAUGCUAUGCGCGUCGUCAGAAACGCACUUACGAUCCACCGGACGUGACUGGAUACUUUGAAAUAUGCGUUUGGCCACAUUAUGAGAAGAAUUUCAAUGAGAUUCGUGAUCGGCAGGAUAUUACGUUCCUUAAUGGUGAAUUAAGCAAAGAACGUAUUUUCAAAUUUGUAUUGCAAAAAAUAUCCAACUACUUUGAAGAACGCUGUGAUGUGGCCUGUCCGCCACCACAAAAACUUCUAGGCAUACCGAGUUGUUUGGCAAAUGGUCUCUUGGGUAAUGAGAGUUGCGCUAGCAGUAGUGCACGUUUAGUAACCGGUAUUAGUGGUAAUGUGACUAAAGCCAGCCCUAUGGAACAACAGUAAAUUUAUGGUGGAAUUUAUUUUAAAAUUCUCUAAUACUAAAGCUUGCUACAAUUGUAAAGAUUUUUUAAUAUAUUAUUUACAUUAAUUUAUUACUAUUUAAAUGCACCGAAAUUUUAUAUUUUAAAAAUGUUAGAAUUGAGAUACCAGUUUUUAGUUGUAAUAAAGUUGCAGGCUUUUUGAGUACAGAAAUCGUUAAAACUCAAGAUGUAUACGUAUUGUAUAUAGAUAUAUAUUAAAGAUGAACCAUCGUACCUUGUACCCACUAUGUAAUUAUGCGUACAAAAUAUUAAAUAAUUCUGAUGAACGUAAAUGAACUAUAAAUAUUAUAAUUAAUAAAAAAAACGUGAAAUAAAAAAUUAUAAUUAA